AUGGCCAAGCCCGGAAAACUGACGGAGUUCAACGUGUUGCAUCCUGAGAGGUGGAGCUCAUACAUUUCGCGAGUUGAGAACUACCUGAGAGCUAACCAAGUUAGCGAAGGUGGCUUAAAGGCCGCAAUGCUGCUGUGCAUGUGCAGCCAGGCAACGUUUGAUAUAGCCAAAAACAUAGUUGCUCCACCUACGCUUGAGUCAUUUGCCUACUCCGAGCUCAAGAAAAUGCUCAAGGAACAUUUCGAGCCGAAGCUCUCUGUCAUAGCCUGGAGACACGCCUUCGAACAAAGGGAGCAACAACCAGGCGAGUCUGCCGCCGAGUUCAUAGCUGCCCUACGACAGGUGUCCUGGCUCUGCAAUUUCACAGACCUUGAAGAGAGACUGAGAGACCAUCUAGUUUGCAGGUUGAGGAACAGGGAUCUCCAGCAGAAGUUGUUCGUGAAGGAGACCUUGUCGUUCCAAGAUGCCCUAAAGGAAAUUAUGGCCGAAGAAGCCACCGGGGGAGCCGUAAAAGCCUUACGGCCCUCCAAGAACACUCCCAGCCCAGAAACAGUCCACCACGAGGACGCAGAAAGAGGGAAGGUCCCCGACAUGGACCAUGAAAUCGAUCUGCUGCAGAAGCCACCAGCAAGAGUUCAGCAGCCACUUGACAAGGAAGUUCCCUUCACUCGAUGUAUGGGCUGCGGAGGCCGACAUAGAUGCUCGGAGUGCAGGUUCCGCACAGCAACGUGCCGGGUGUGCGGCAAACAAGGCCACAUCGCCGCCGUCUGUAAAGGUCGCCAGAGGGACAUUCCACAAGAAGAAUUUCCCAGGAAAGGUACCGGGAUCCCGGGGCAACACAGAGUUGGCUUUUGUGCCAGCAGAAGGAGCAUGCUUAGAACAGGUGCCCAUCGCCCCAUUAAGGAAAAGCUGAGACUCAAAGUCAAGCUUCAAGGAGUUCCAUGCUACAUGGAAUUAGACAUGGGGUCAGCCCUAUCUAUAAUUUCCCAAGGAACUUUUAAACACAUUUGCAGUUGCAGCGGCAAACGAGUUAAACUCAAGCCGUCGAAUCUCCUGUUAACAGAUUUCCAAAACUCCCGCCUGUCAGCUCACAAAGGUUACAUUUUGUGGGGGAGUCAGGUCAUAGUCCCGCACUCCUUGAGGCCCAGGGUACUAGAGUCUCUGCAUGAGGGACAUCCGGGAAUACUCCAGAUGAAGGCACUCGUGAGAAGCUACCUGUGGUGGCCAGGGUUAGAUAAAGAUAUUGAGGCCCAAGUACACAACUGCUACAUUUGCCAGCAAUCCCAGCCAGAAAUGCCGCAAGCCCCCAUCCAUCGAUGGGAAACCACACAAGCCCCGUGGUCAAGAAUCCACAUCGAUUUUGUGGGACCCUUUCAGGGACAGCUGUUCCUCAUUGUGGUGGACAGUCACUCUAAGUGGUUAGAGGUUGCACCUGUCCCAACUAUGACUACUGCCAGGAUCAUCCAGGAACUGCGCAGGAUCUUUGCCACGCACGGGUUACCCAACAUGAUAGUCUCAGACAAUGGGGCUCAAUUUACAGCUGCAGAAUUCCAGUCCUUUUUGAGGGCUAAUUUCUUAUUCUGCCAACACAUGACUCCCUGCACUUCCACGGGCAGAAGCCCAGCUGAAUUGAGAUGGGGCCAUUGCUUAAUCACUAAGCUGGAUCGGCUGCAUCCAGAUGGAGUUGCCUCGGAAUCAGCACAGCCAAAGUCACCACGCAGCUUGCAAGUUAGCGACCCAGUUUGGGCACGAAACUACAGUCAAGGGGCACUGUGGGUGGUAGCUGUGGUUGGUAAGGUGUCAGGGCCGCUUUCUUACAAAGUGGUCCUGGAAGACGGUUGCGUGCUAUGUUGGCACAUUGACCAACUGCGAAGAAGGCUAGCAAACCAGCCGCUGGCUCAUGACUCUCGCGAAAGCCAAAUUCAGGGGGAGCACGACAGCAGCCGGGCAUCGGAAUCUUUGAGCACUAGUGAGAAUCCCAGCAGAGGGGAUGGGGCACUAGCGGAGAGUGAGUCAGCCCCGAAUGCAGAGACUGCAACCACUGAGUGA